AUGGCGACGCAACGAACCUCUGUCGCUAAAACGGCUGGCUGGCUAUACCACGAGUCCGGCAUCUCAGCCGUUUACGGCGCUGGUAAAGAUGCAUGGUUACUCAUCCUCUCGCGCACAUGUCGCAUGUUUGCCUUCAAGGCCGUUACGCUCACGAUAGCGCAGUUCUUUUCAGAGUUGGGCUUUUCGGAUUUUCGGAUUGGACUGUUCAUGAGUUUGACGCUUUUGGGCGAUGUGGUACUGGGGCUGGUUGUUACGCUCAUGGCGGAUGGGCUUGGGAGACGGAGAAUUCUUGUUGCGGGUGGUGUGUUGAUGGCUUUCUCGGGCGUGAUUUUCUCUAUCUUUGAGAAUUUCUGGAUUCUUCUUUUGGCUGCUGUUGUUGGGGUUAUCAGUGCCAGUGGCAGUGAUUUUGGUCCGUUUCGAGCGAUCGAAGAAUCCAUGUUGUCUCACAUUACAAGCCCAAAGACUCGAGCUGAUGUCUUGGCUUGGUAUGUUACCAGCUCAAGUCUGGGCGCCGCAGCAGGGACGGCAUUGGCCGGACGAUUUGUUGAGACUAUGACUGAAAGCAAAGGCUGGAACCUUGUGUCGGCGUACCAUGCUACCUUUUGGGUAUACAUUUUGAUGGGUGCGUUGAACGUCUUCUUUGCCUUUGUCAUGAGCAACAAGACGGAGGCCGAUCAUGAUGAUUCCUCGGAGGCAUCAGAUGAGUUGGCUGAGGGACUUCUUCGAGACUCUAUGGACGAGGACGAAGACACCAGCCGUCCGACAACUAGCGCUUCGAACCCUCCGCAACACGCCAGUCGCUUUUCACGUGUCUCUUCAGGCACCAGAUCUGUCAUGUACCGUCUUUGGUUCCUUCUUACUAUCGAUUCAUUGGCCGAUGGUAUGGUAUCGGAAUCCUUAACGACGUACUUCCUCGACACCAAGUUUUCCCUAUCUAAGGCUAGACUCGGAGACAUCUUCUCAACAGCGCAGGUUCUAGCCACAAUCUCCACAGUCUUCGCUGGACCUCUAGCUCGACAUCUGGGACUCAUCAACACCAUGGUCUUUACCCAUCUGCCAUCUUCAAUCUCAGUAUUGUUCUUCCCUUUUCCAAGCGGUGUCGUCAUCACAGUGAUCCUGUUGUUUAUCCGUAUGGGUCUCAACAAUAUGGACCAAGCACCGAGAGCUGCGUUCAUCGCUGCAGUAGUCAAGCCUGAGGAGCGCACUGCUGUCAUGGGUAUCACCUCUACACUUCGAACCUUGGCCAUGGCUACUGGUCCUUCGCUAACAGGUGGUCUUGCUGAGAGUGGAAAGUUUUGGAUCGCCUUUGUUGUUGGUGGUGUGCUACGAAUCAUGUAUGAUUUGGGGUUGUGGUUUAUGUUUAUUAACAUGAGAUUGCAUAGCCAUGAGGCUCCGCAAGAGGAGACGGUGGCGAGGGGCCAAUCGAUCGAUGAGCAAGAUGUUGAAAUGCUUCGGCAAUCUAUUGAGACUGAAAGUUCUGAAGAAGAGGAAGAAGUACAUGCUCACGGGAAGUAA